AUGGCGGCGAUGGUGCCGCCCGCGAAUGAGGAUCCCGGUCAACUCGACCCACCUGUCGACCAGGCUGACAGCGACUUGGACGCGGAGGGGGAAGAGGAGACCGACCUAUACCAGAUGGAUCAACAACUUCAAGAUGCUGUUCACCGGGCCUAUUCUGGGGAAGAAGCGGGUGACAAUGAUGAAAGCGGACUGGAUGAGACCAUGCGCCCCAAUGCCAGGCGUCAACACAGCCGUGGCGAUAACGAUGACACCGAGCCUGUCGGUGCAGUAAAGCUGCCUGUAAAUGCCGAUUCAUCCUCGGAUGACGACGAAGAUGAUGACGACGAUGAAGAUGCCGCAUCUGGGACUGCGGACGGAGACGGAGAUCCUGCAUUUGAAGACGAAAACGAUCGAGGGGUAUCCGAGUCCAGUGAUUCAGAAUCGGAAGCAGAAGACUGGGAGGCUGAAAGUAACGGGCAUGAAGAUGCAGAUAUCGAAAUCCGCAGCCGUACAAACUGCAUCCAAGAUGAAGAACAUGAUCCGGGGGAGGACUUCGAGGAAUGGCUGACAUGUGCUGUCUGUGGUGAUCAUUCUCAUCGGCAGUGUGCACGAGAACAAGACGCGUCCAACGAUAUUGAGGAUAACUGGAGGUGUCCGACCUGUGUUCAAAACAAGCUGGAGCCGGAUCCUGUAGAAAGUCCGGCGAUUCAAAAAUCCGGGGUGCCGCACCUGCCUAAAGAGCUUCUACCUGCGCACGUGGGAAAAGAAGGUUCUGACUUUCACUCCAUCUUCGAUACCGAUAUCAACUCGGAUGUUCUGAACAGCUCACGUUCACUGCGCAAACGAAAAGCUUCGUCAGUUGAAGCAGACGAACAUAUGCCGGCACUUAGGAAGCGAAGGAGGCGAACAGACCACUUUGAGCCUACUCAGACGCCUGUUGCCGACGACGCGUCUGCGACCCUCGGUGAUGAGUUGUCUCAAGCUCGCCCUUUACGCGCCCGACGCACAACACGAGGUGUUGAACGCGAUCAUGCACGCGUAGUACUCAGACAGUUUGGAAAGCUGAUUAUGGGUUUCCGACUCGAUGAAGGAAAAGUGUCGCGUAUCUUAAACACCCAAAGCCGACCGCAGCGCAAGAAGAAGAAAGGACCAAAGCCCUCCUCCCCAGUCCAGCAAGAACCACAAGCACAUUUCGCUCCUAUCCCUCCCGCACCCUACAACAACUUCACUCCAUUCCAUGACCGCGAAGUAGAUGACCUGAAGGCAAAGCCGUAUGGCGGCAUUUUGUCAGAGGUCGAUCAAGACACCUCCAAAACCCUCCCUACCCAAGUUGAUCGUGAAAAAUUCGAAUCUGCUCGCCAAAAGGCUGAAGAUGAAUGGCAGCAAAGAGUUCGAGACGCAGAGCAAAACAAUGGCGAAGUGACAACGACGGCCAAAGUUUCGGGUCCACCUUCCAAAAUCAAAUACAUCAACUUUGGAGGAUAUGAGAUCGAAACCUGGUAUGCAGCUCCGUACCCCGAAGAAUACAGCCGCAACCGAGUUCUUUACAUUUGCGAGUUCUGCCUCAAGUACAUGAACUCAGACUAUGUUGCUUGGCGUCACAAACUCAAGUGCCCAGCCAAGCACCCUCCCGGUGACGAGAUCUAUCGCGAUGGCUCUAUCUCUAUCUUUGAGGUGGACGGCCGCAAGAACCCAGUCUACUGCCAGAACCUGUGCCUUCUCGCGAAACUUUUCCUCGGGUCCAAGACCCUUUACUACGACGUUGAGCCUUUCUUAUUCUAUGUCAUGAGCGAGUAUGACGACUUCGGAUGUCAUUUCGUGGGUUACUUCAGCAAGGAGAAGAGACCAAGCUCAGCGAACAACGUAUCAUGCAUUCUUACCCUCCCUAUCCAUCAACGCAAAGGCUACGGCAACCUCCUAAUCGACUUUUCAUAUCUUCUUACCCGGAUUGAAGGCAAGAAUGGCUCACCCGAGAAACCACUCUCAGACAUGGGUCUGGUUUCGUAUCGCAACUACUGGCGCUUGAUCUUGUCGUACCAACUCAGAAAUUUGAAAACACCCAUCAGUAUCGCGGAUCUCUCCGAUCGAACCGGAAUGACUGCAGAUGACAUUGUGUCCGCUCUCGAGGGACUUCGGGCCCUAGUGCGUGACCCCAUCACCAAAACCUAUGCAUUCCGCCUCGAUAACAAAUACUUUGAAGAGGUCAUCAGCAAUUGGGAGAAGAAGGGCUACGUUACACUCAAUCCGGAUGCGCUACUCUGGACCCCAUACAUUAUGGGCCGGAACAACCAGUCACAUUUCGACCGGGCACCUUUACACGCUGUCGCUCAACGAGAUGACGAUGAUGAAGAAGAUGAUGAGGACGUCGAGGCCAGGGAAGCUGGGAAUGAGGACGAUGGCCCAGCUGUGAAUGGCCAUGCUAAUGGUUUUGCUGGAAUUCCUCCUUCCCGGUUCGAACUGUGGCCUCCAGUUCGUAUCCCCGUAGCUCAUCGAAAGAAAUCCACAGCUGGUCGCCCACAAAACAGAAAAUUGAGCCAGGCAUCUAUGACACCGACUACCGUCCGAACAAGUGGUCGUAACACCCCACGCCGAGCAUCUGCUCUUCCAGGCAUUACUCCGUCAACUACUAAGCGUCGCGGACGAAGUGCCAUGUUGACUGGGUCACCGAAAGCAGAAACUCCAUCCCAGGCGAAUGGUAUCGACGUGGAAGAGGAAGUCGCGGUAGAAGAAGAGUUGGUUACGGAUUCCGGCGCCGGCGUCAAUCCUGAGGUUGAAGCUGAUGCUAACGCUAAUGCGAAUACUGAGGCCAAUGGUGAUGUCAAUGGUGAAGCCGACGCUGAAGCCGACGCUGAUGCUGAUGCUGACGCUGAUGCUGAAGCCGAAGUCGACACUGAAACUACUCCUAUUGGUCUCGCUAUUGUCACUGCUACUUCUACUUCUAAUUCGGACGCGGACGCAGAUGCAGAUGCAGAUGCAGAUGCAGAACCUGAAGUUGGAGCAAAUAUCGAGGGCACCGGCAUAGACAACCACCUUUCUGAUGAAGUGAACGGAAACAAAGAGCACGAAGAGGUCAUUACAACCAAUGGCGUCAACCACGACUCUCCAUCAUCCGAGGCUGAGCCUAUUGCUGAGACCGAGACCCCCAAAACACCCAAGAGAAAAUCAAAAUCCAAGUCCAAGUCAAAAUCGAAGUCAGGGUCUCCUGGGACAGCAACCUCCAAUCGGACCCGAGGGAAGCAAACCGAUCCCCCGAAGACCCCAAACUCAGUUAACCGCAAGGCAUUGGUUGAAAAGGUUCAAGUGAUGAUACCCGCCGAGCCGGAUUCCGUACGCAACAGCGCCAAGAAAAGCAGCUCCGCGACCAACGGCAUGAUUGACGCCGACGUCGACGCAGAUGGCGAGGAAGAUAUUGACGCCGAUGGCGAGUACGAGGUGGAUGGUGAUGUUGUCAUGGAGACAUGA